AUGUCUGCGAUCAUAACAAGCGUCUUUAAGGUCACUAUUGGUUUGGCCGCUACAAAAGCCAGAAAUGUACUGGCAGAAAGGCUAAAAGAAGGCGAUGUAACAGAUCAAAAAUUUCGGGACCUAAUCGUCAGUGACAUUAAAGACAUCAAGUCAAAGCUGGAUGCAUUGUCACGAAAAGAUCUUGGGGCAGCUGUAGAUUACUUUGAAACAGGACUAAGGUUUUUGAAUGAUGCAGUUUAUGGAAGACACAGCGACAGUGCUAUUAGAAGAGCAGCACAAGAAUCUGAAAGAAACGAAGAAAAACGUCUUGAUGAGUUAACUUUGCCUUCAGCCACUUCUCCUGAAACCACAGUUGUCCUCGCUUCGGAAGUCAAAAACAUCCAGCUGAUUAAUUUGGUCGACGAAGAAGCGAAAACAGCGCUUUCUGACGCAAAAGAGAGAUUCAAACUGGCUCGUGAAAAAGCAACAGAUGCCUCCAAUAAUGAAGCGCUCAGUACGUUUGAUCAAAUUACAGCCAUUCGAUAUCGUGUGAUGGCGGCAAUGUUAGAGUAUGCUGCUGAUAUAGCUGUAGGAACCGCUGGCGACUUGAGAAGCGUUUUGAAGAGAGCGUUGCCAGAGUGCAAACAGUGUCUUGAGAAACUGCACUCCCUUCCAGCUGUUCAAAAAUGUUUUAACGUCGAGUUUGAGAAGAGUCAACUAAAUGUCAGAGGUCGAUUUGGUAAAGAUGAGCGAAGAGAGAUUAUUUCCAUUGUAUGUCAGAUAAAUCGCGUCAUCUACGAUGCGACACAAGCUGUUGGUAGGGGUGUAAACGUCUGGUUCUGGCCAUAUGUUGACACCGGAGAAGAAAAGGUUGACCCUCUACGCGAUGGAAGAAUAUCAAAGGUACUGCACAAAGUCAAUAUGGAGCACUGUUGGGUUACACCAUGGUCAUUUGGUCUGGAGGGUGAAGAGGAGCACAAGCUGAAGAAUCCGUGUGGUAUCGCUACAAACACCACAGGCCAAUUCCUGAUAGCAGACGAUGGGGAUAAAACCGUGAAGGUGUUUGAUAGCAACGGAAAGUUUGAUUUUAGUUUUAAUCCUCAAACUGAUGACGCCGAUACACAGUUACAUAUUUUGGAUGUCGCCACUGCAGGCGAGGACAGCAAGAUCUAUGUACUGGUCAGACUGAAGAAGCCUAGGGCUGAGGAAUGGGAGAGUGAAGUGCAGGUUUUUAAGAAGACCGCUGACCUACAUCACAAGUUUCCUGUGAGGAGCGUGCAGUGGGACUACAGACUAACAGUGAGCAGCGGCAAACAACGCGGCAAAAUUCUGCUGUUGGUAGAACUGUUGACAGGUGAGGUUGUUGAUGUUCACGAGCCGAGUGGCGAGUUUGUUUGUAGCUUUGGUGAAGGAGUGUUCAAGUUUGCAACAGAUAUCAUUGCUACUUGUGAUGGUCGCGUCAUGAUAGUGGACUUAAAAGAUGGCAGUUUGUACAUAUUUGAUGUGGAGGGACACCAGCUUGGCAAAUUUAAUAUCAAAUAUGAGGGAGAUUUCUAUUAUCGCAUUUCAUGUCACCCGGCAAGUGACCAUGUCGUCCUUGCUGGUCAUGAACGAGAGACAGACCGCCUGACGCUGGCUAUAUACACUGUUAAUGGUGAAUUUGUUCGCAGAAUUCAGCUAAAUGAAGAAGGAUCUGUAAAUGGAAUAACAGUGAACGUGGAGGGUCACAUUGCUGUGGCUUUUCAAAUUCAAGACAAGCAUGGCAACGGAAAGAGAAAGGUAAUCGUUGUUUAA